CAAACAUCAAACAACCAAACAAAUUCAAAUAUGACGAUGAUGACCGAAAUUGAUAAUUCAACCAAUCAUAAUCACAAUAUUUCAUCAUCAACAACAACGAGAAAAAGUUGUGAUCGGCUGUCUAUGAAAUGUAUGAAUGUUAAAAUAUUCAAUCAAACAAUAUUACCAUCAUCAUCAUCAUUGAAUUCUGUACAGAAGAAUAAAUUCAAUAAAAAGAAUGAUGUGGAUGAUGUGAAUGAUCAAUCAGCCAUUAUCAAUAUGACGACAACAACAGCGACAACAACGACAACGAUGAUGACAACAUCUGUGACAAAAAUGUUGUCGUUGACAGAUGCUAAUAUGAUGGAUAAAUUGAAAACUGAUGACAACAACAAUGAAAAUGUAACGAAAAAAGCAAAUUUCAUCGACAAAGAUGAUGAGCCAAUUUUAUCGUCGUCAUCGUCAUUGCCAUCAACAAUCAAAAUGAAUGAUCAACAACAACAACAAAAAACAAACAUUUCAUCUGGAUUGAUGAAUCAAAUUGAUGAGAAAAAAGUUUUAUCAUCGCCAUUGCCAUUCGCUACAUCUGCAUCGAUAAAUAUCAACAAAAAUCAUCAUUCAAAGCCAGAAACCAUCAAUGACCUUAACAAAGACCAUUUGGAUGAUAAUGAUGAUGAUAAUCAACGUUUCUUUGCCUGUGAGUAUGGAACGAUAAGAAAAUAUUCAAUCAAAACAAUUAUUGAAUGGAAAUUAUCAUCAUCAUCAUCGUUAAACAUUGAUCCAAAACAACAAAAUCAACAAAUUCGUUCAACAAUUGUUAUGAAAUGUUUAAAUCGUUUACAAUGGAAUAAUGAUCAUAGCAAACAGCAGCAACAACAACGACAACAACCACCAUUGAUUAAUCAUCUGAAUGGACAAAAAUUUCUUGCAAUUAUAAGUGAUUUUCAUUUAGGACCACAUUCUUUUGAUUCAUUUUCAUCAUCAUUCAAUAAUAAUGAUAAUGAUGAAGAAGAUGUGGAUGAUAACAAUGCUGCCAAUGUAGAUGAUGAUAAUGACGAUGAUUGGAUUUCUUCAAUUAAAAAUCAACAUUAUCGUUUACCGAAUUUACGAUCAAAACGCAGUGUUUAUCAUUAUUUAAAACAUUUAUGGAAAGAUUUUCGUCAUUUACUUUUACCGGAUAACAACAAUGAUAACGGUAACGGUAAUGAUUAUUAUUAUGAAUAA